AAAACCGCGCGUGGACACGACACGACACAUCCCCUACCCUUCAUUUUCAAUUACCAAUUUCGAAUGGCAAUUGCUUCUCACUCACUGAACCCGCCCCUUCACUUUGCAUUUUCAGAUUCAUUUCUCAGAACUCAGUUUCGCAGGUCACGCUAACUCAACAUUCUUCUCAUUCCAUUCACUCUUUACCUUCAACACUUUCCAAUUCUAUCCUGCCUUUUUGAAGUUGGAAUAGAGAAUUUGAGGUGGGUGGAUGGAGGAUGACAAGAGAAGGAGGAAAAACAAGAAGAAGAAGAAUAAGCAAAGUAAGAAUGUGGAGAAUGGGGUUGGAGAAACAGCCACUGGGCGUCAGAAGACUCAGAACCUGGUGAGUAAUGGAAAGGAUCAGCAUACUAAUCUUUCUGAGACUACCGAUGAGCAAAGGAAGAAUGUGGAUUUGAAUGAGGUUGGAGAGACAUCUACUCAGGAUCAGAAUCUGGAAAAUAAUGGCAAGGACAAGCCUGCUCAAUUUACGGGGAUUGCCAAUGAGCAAAGUGUAAAUGUGGAUCAGAAUGGAGUUGUGGAUAGCACAGAUAGAGAUCCGAAUCUGGUGAAAAGUGGAAAGGAGGAGUGUGCUCAACCAUGGGAGUUUGCAGAUGCAGAUGGGCAAAGUACUAAUACAGAUUCAAAUGGUCAUCUGCCAAAUGGUAAAGAAUGUGACAUAUUGGAAGAUACAAUUAGGAAGCUGGAAGGAGAAAAUGAUGUGCUUGUUCUUGAAGAGGCCAUAUUGGAAGAGACAAUCAGAAAAUUGAAAGAACAAGAUGACAUGCAUGCACAAAAAGAGAUUAUAUCAGAAGAGACUAUCAGAAAAUUGAAAGAAGAAUGUGAUAUACAUGUUCAGAAAGAGGCCAUAUCAGAAGAUACAAUUAGAAAUUUGAAAGAAGAAGAUGAUAUCCACAUGCAGAAAGAGGCCCUAUCACAAGAGACAAUAAGAAAAUUGAAAGAAGAAAAUGAAAUGCACAUUCAGAAAGAGGCCAUAUCAGAGGAGACAAUUAAAAAGUUAAAAGAAGAAAAUGAUAAACAAGUUCAGAAAGAGCUUACUUUGGAAGAGAUAAUCAAUAAUUUACGAUCUGAUAAUGAAUUGCAGGCACAAAAACAGACUGGUCUGGAAAUGAGAAUUGCACAAUUUCAGAGUGAGAAUAAUUCUUUACUUCAAAAAGAGGCUGGUUGGGUGGAAAAAGCUAAUCAGUUGCUGAAUGAAAAGGAGAGUUUAGAACGAAAAAUAAAUAUUUUGGAAAGUGACUUGAGUUCUUUUAGAGAGAAAGAGGUUGGACUGGAAACGAGGAUUGCACAAUUGCAGAGUGAAAAUAAUUCCUUACUUCAAAAAGAGGAGAGUUUAGAACAAAAAAUAAAUCUGCUGGAGAGUGAUUUGAGCUCUUUUGUUGAGAAAGAGAAUUCAACUAAAGAAACCAUUUCAAACCUGAAUGGAAGCAUCACUGUGCUACAAAUGCAGGUGGCAGAGUUGGAAGAGUCCAGGAAUAAUCUUUUGCUAGAAAACCAGCAGUUGAGGGAAAUAGUGUUGGGUCUUCAGUCAACAGUCCAGAAUCUUGAAGACAGUAGUGCUUCUCCCUGCUUACUGGACACAUCUGUAAAGGAUCAUGCUGCUGAAAAUGAGGACUUGAAAUCUCAAAUUGAAGCAGCCUGUACGUUGGUGGAGAGGUUGGUUGCAGAAAAUGCUGAACUUGUUGAGAAGGUCAACAAGUUAUGUGUUGAGCUGAAUCAACAAAGUGCAGAAAUUGAACAUGCUGCUGGAGUUACUGGGCCUGAUGAGACAGCUGAAUUUACUAAAUCACUUGAUGUCGCCACUACUAUACCUGAAUUUGCUGAGAUUAAAUCUGUAUCAGCCCAGGAGUUGAAUUCAUUGGAAGAGAUUUCAGUGAAGGAUAAUGUGAACUCUCUUGAUGCUGAAGACACUGUAGGGAUAAUUUCAAACUCAUCAUUGGUAUCUGAUGAUACCGGAGAAAUUGUGCAAAUUCCAUUGGAUGAUAAUGAAGUACGGGAUCUAGAAUUGCAGGAUGCCAAGAAUGUGGAAAAUGAUGAUGUGUCACUCACAGAUGCUCCCCUAAUCGGUGCUCCAUUUCGUCUGAUAUCAUUUGUUGCUAAGUAUGUUAGUGGUGCUGACUUGGUUAACCAAAGCUCUUAGACACACUAGUCCUUGAACUUUUUAAUACUGGACUGUAUCCCUUGUUUUGGCGGUCUUGAACAUGCAGUAACCUCACUUACAUUAGGCAGAAAACUAAUAUAUAGGUUGGCCUAAAUUGGGUCAUUUUAAUGCUUGUGUUUAUUCUUUGAACAUUUUGAUAUAUAGUACCAGGGAAGAGUGUAGAGUUUUAUAUUUUAUGUUCUUGCUUUACAUUGCUUUCGCAGUUGGAAAUGACAAUGGCAUCAUGAAUAAAAAUGUAGUAGUCGGU